AUGGCCAAACGCCCGAACUUCCUCCUGAUCGUCGCCGAUGACCUCGGGUUCAGCGACGUCGGCUGCUUCGGCUCUGAGAUCAAGACGCCCAACAUCGACAGGCUGGCGGCCGCCGGCGCGCGGAUGACGGAUUUUCACACCGCGGCGGCGUGCAGCCCGACGCGCUCGAUGCUGCUGUCGGGGACGGACAACCACAUCGCGGGCGUCGGCGUGAUGGCCGAGCAGAAGAGGUGGAACCUGAAGCGGUGGAAUGCGCCCGGGCACGAGGUGAGCGUCUCUCGCCGCCGUCGGCAUAUAACGUCUACGCGCGCCGGCUACCUGAACUACCGCGUGGCCGCGCUGCCCGAGCUGAUGCAGGACGCGGGCUACCACACCCUGCUCAGCGGGAAGUGGCACCUCGGGCUCAAGGCGGACCACGUGCCGUCCAAGCGGGGAUUCGACAGGUCGUUCGCGCUGCUGCCCGCGUGCGCAAACCACUACGCGUGGGAGCCGCAGUUCGGCGACGACGACAUGCUCGCGUUCUUCGAGGGGCAGCCGCCGCUCUACGCCGAGGACGGGACGAGGGCCGACCCGAACACGACGAACGCACGCGACGGGUUCUUCUCGUCCGACUUUUUCGCGGGGCGGAUGAUAGAGUAUCUCGAGGCCCGGCCGAAGGACAGGCCGUUCUUCGCGUACUUGCCGUUCUCGGCGCCGCACUGGCCGCUGCAGGCGGACAAGGCGUACCGCGACAGGUACAAGGGCGUGUACGACGACGGGCCCGAGGCGCUCCGCCAGAAGCGCCUCGCGCGUCUGCGCGAGCUGGGCCUCAUCGCGGCCGACACCGUCGCGCACGAGGUCGUCGCGCCCGCCGAGUCGGAGUGGGCGCGCCUCUCCGCGGAGGAAAAGGCGCUGUCGGCGCGCGCGAUGGAGACGUACGCGGGGAUGGUGGAGAACCUGGACACGAACGUCGGGCGGGUGGUCGAUUACCUGGAGGCGGCGGGGGAGCUCGAGAACACGUUCGUGGUCUUCAUGUCGGACAACGGGGCGGAGGGCGCGUCGUUCGAGGCGCGGCCGACGAUGGGGAACGAUCUGAUGGCGGUGAUUCGGAAGUACUACGACAAUUCGCUGGAUAACAUUGGGGAGCACGAUAGCUUUGUGUGGUACGGCCCACGGUGGGCACAGGCGGCGACAGCCCCCAGCCGGCUGUAUAAGAUGUACUCGACGGAGGGCGGGAUCCGCGUGCCCCUGAUCGUCCGAUAUGCGGGGUUCGAGAGAUCGAAGCAGGGCGGGGCGAUCGUUGACGCGUUUUCGACGGUGAUGGACAUCGCGGCGACGGUGCUAGACCUGGCGGGCAUCGAGCAUCCCGGGCGCGACAGGCUGUUCAGGGGGCGCAGCGUCGAGCCGCUGCGGGGCAAGUCGUGGGCGGGGUUCUUCACGGACGCGGGGAGCGCGAGCGGCAUGAGCGCGAUCCACGGACCGGACGACCCUGCGGUCGGGUGGGAGCUGUUCGGACGGGCGGCGCUGCGGCAGGGGAGUUGGAAGGUGGUGUAUCUGCCGCCGUCGGCGGGUGGGACGGGGGAGUGGGAGCUGUACGAUCUGAGCAGAGACCCGGGGGAGACGGACGACGCGUCUGGGCGGGAGCCGGAGAAGCUGAAGGAGCUGCUGAGGCUGUGGGAGCGGUAUGUGAGGGAAACGGGGGUUGUGUGGGGAGAAGCGCUGGAGCUAGGCACUGUGGAUGUCGGGCUGGACGCGAGCGAGGUUAUUGGGGGAGAUCCACUGGAGGAUACACGAGGGUGGAUGGCGGAGACGAGGGCGCGGUCGCGUGGGAGGGCGUAA